GGAGCGGCGUGUGAUGGGUUAAAAGCUGAGGGGGUGUUGACUUGUGCAACUCGGCUGCCCCCAGUCCAUCAGGAGGAGGAGGAGGAGGAGGAAGGAGAAGAGGAGACGGAGGAGAGUUUUGAGCAGUGAGUGACUUCCCGGGAUCAUCAGCGACUGCUCGACACCAGGGACCCCCCUGUGCUACUGCCGCUGCUGUGUUCCCCCCAUUGUCAUCCUGCAGGAAUUCCCCAGGGGAUCCCCAGGACACAGCAGCCCCCCUCUACUGACAGCCUUCCCUGGGGGUCACUAGAGACACCCCCUCCUUUAUCUCUAAGGAUUUAUCUGCAGCAGCCGGGGGGAGAGAUUAAACACUCGCUGAGGAUUUGCCACAAUUAAGACUUUCUAUUUCUGAUGGCCCCCCUGUCUAAUCCCUCGUUAAUUCAUUAAUUGAGCCCCCCCCCCGUUUCCCAUGAGAGAGAUUCUGUGAUUGAGGCAAAUUGGGGCGAGACGGUUGCUUUGCAGCAUGAGGGAGAAGGAAUGUGGGGUUUGGCCCCCUCUAUGUGCUUAGUAGGGUCUCCAUUGUGCAGCACCCCCAUUUAUUGGAGAGGAAGGAGUCUCCCAUGUGAUAUUCCCACAAGCCCAGCCCUGCGUCUCCCACUCACUUGGGAAAUCUCCAGUGGUUCUGCUGUGGGGACAUUCCUCCUGAGCCCCAAAGCCUUUCGCUCCGGAUCAUCCCCCCCGUUACCCAGACUGCUCGGUUCCACUCUAUGGUCAGUUUGGAUUUCAGUAGAAUGUACGAGAAUGUGGACGUUCCUGCUUUGGCCUCCAGCCCCACGCGUUUCCACAUGAUGGAUUUCUACAGUCACAACCGACAGUGCCUUUUGCAGGAGAAAGGGAUUGGGACCAUUCACCCGUACGGGACCCCACUACGGACUCAACACUGGAGCAGCUCCAACCACUCAAUUGAGACUCAGAGCACGAGUUCAGAGGAGAUUGUACCCAGCCCCCCAUCCCCACCACCGCUCCCCAGAAUCUACAAGCCCUGCUUUGUGUGUCAGGACAAGAGUUCGGGGUAUCACUAUGGAGUCAGCGCUUGUGAAGGUUGCAAGGGCUUUUUCCGUCGCAGUAUCCAGAAGAACAUGGUGUACACAUGUCACAGAGACAAGAAUUGCAUCAUAAACAAAGUCACGCGCAACCGCUGCCAGUAUUGCCGAUUGCAGAAAUGUUUCGAGGUCGGAAUGUCUAAAGAAUCCGUACGGAAUGAUCGCAACAAGAAGAAAAAGGAGUCCCCAAAGCCUGAGGCAAUAGAGAGUUACAUACUGAGCCCAGAGACACAAGAUCUCAUUGAGAAAGUGCAAAAAGCCCACCAGGAGACCUUCCCUGCACUCUGCCAGCUGGGCAAAUACACUACAAGUUUUAGCUCGGAGCAGCGGGUUUCUCUGGACAUCGACCUGUGGGACAAGUUCAGUGAGCUCUCCACUAAAUGUAUCAUCAAGACGGUGGAAUUUGCCAAACAGUUGCCGGGAUUCACCACUCUGACCAUCGCCGACCAGAUCACCCUCCUGAAAUCCGCCUGCCUGGAUAUUCUUAUCCUGCGAAUUUGCACACGUUACACCCCUGAUCAGGACACCAUGACAUUCUCAGACGGACUGACCCUAAACCGCACUCAGAUGCACAACGCGGGGUUCGGACCUCUCACAGACCUGGUCUUCGCCUUCGCUAAUCAGCUGCUGCCGCUUGAAAUGGACGACGCUGAGACCGGUUUACUGAGUGCCAUCUGCCUCAUCUGUGGAGACCGGCAGGACCUGGAGCAGCCAGAUAAAGUGGACAAACUGCAGGAGCCUCUUUUGGAAGCGUUAAAGAUCUACGUCAGGACCAGGCGACCCCAAAAACCUCACAUGUUCCCCAAAAUGCUCAUGAAGAUCACAGACCUGCGGAGCAUCAGUGCCAAGGGUGCGGAGCGUGUGAUCACUCUGAAGAUGGAGAUCCCGGGGGCCAUGCCCCCCCUCAUCCAGGAGAUGUUGGAGAACUCAGAGGGGUUGGACACAUUGGGGGGUGGGGCAUCCAGUGACGCACCAGUCACACCAGUAGCACCAGGAAGCUGCAGUCCCAGUCUGUCUCCCAGUUCCACUCACAGCAGCCCCUCCACUCACUCACCCUGACCCCCCCACCCAGAACAAAUGCACAGCCCCCUCUCACUUCCUUUAUCUUUUUGCCCCUUGUCCCGCCCCCUUUUCUACUUCCUUUUCCUCUUACUUGACAGCCACUCAUCACUGUGCUCUACCUGUACCUGGAAUGCAAUGUGUGCAAGAGAGGAUUGUGGGUAAGGAGGAGGCACAAAGCAGCUGGAGAUGCUCUUUUACACCACUUCACCACAAACUCUGCUUAUUGGAGCCUCGUGGGGUCUCCCUGUUCUGCCUCCACUGGAUUGAGAAGGACUGAUGAGACUGGGGGACCGACACACGAGGGGCUGGAGGAACAUGCUCAGACUGCUGGGGGGACAGUGUCUCGCCCACCUCAGGGGGGGGGGAUACGCUGGACUGUUAACCCCUUUCACUGCACCCCAGAAGCACUCUGUAUGUACAUUGGGUUUAGAAAUGCAAACAGUAUUUUACAACAAUAUGAAGUGUAAAACAAAUAGGGCAGCUUGAUUUUUUUAAUGGAAACAGUAGAUGUUUUAGAAUCUAUAUAAAUUGUAUUUUUGCUAUUUCAAUUUCAGUUCACACUAAAACCUUUGGAAAAAGUGGCUCCUGUGUGGCAGUAAUGUAGCCCUGUCCCACAUCAUGCCUCGGGGUAGGGACGUGUCUGCUACUGACAAUGGAACACAACUACAGCUCCCAACAACUGAAAAAAGGGGAGUUAUAGUUCUGCAACAUUGGCUGUACCACAUGCUGCCUGUCCCCUGUAUAUUUCAAGCUGGCCAUACACACGAAGCAAUACAAUUGUACCAAAUACACGUGUGUGCUGGGGGGGGGGGUUGUGAUAACGUUGUGCCAUGGAUAUAUCAGUUGGGUACUGGAAACCAGCAUUUGCUCAUGUAUAUCUGUUAGUGUACAGUGCACUGACUACAUCUGUUAGUGUACACUUACUAUAUCGGUUAGAGUACGGUGCACUGACUACAUCUGUUAGUGUUCGGUGCACUGACACAGGAGGAUACAAUGGCGGCUAUACUGUGUAUGGUCACUAGUACAGUAUCAUCCUGAAAUUGAUAGCUUAUUGGCUGGAUACUGAGCAAUACCAGGCAGUGUAUGGCCACCUUGGGGACCCCCAGGCCUGCUUUUGCACUGCCCACCCUAAUAUAGUUGUUUUAAAAGUGGAAAGGGUUUGGGGAGCCAUUAAAGCAAUAGAGUGCUUGUGUGUCUGAUAGAAGUGAAGAGAUUAAAGGUUCAGUCCCAAGUCAAGGCCUCUGUAGCUGUUCUGAUGUCCGUUUCCCAACAUUACUCUGAUGGUGGAACUGGAUGCUGGGAAUUGUAGUUCAGAACAGCUGCAGGAGCAAUGAAUGUGACUGACUUGUCACCUGGUUUGCAUGGACAUAACCUACGUAUCCCAUGGUGCUCUGGGGUCUCCUCAAGCCCCCCGUAACCACUAUAGAGCUGUGAUCUCCCCCCCCCCCACAAUAGGACUUAUGUUCUUUUCACCCUUCUACACACACCAGCAAAAAAUGUUUCAGUUUGAGGUUUUUUUAUGGUUAAAUAAUUCUAAAAAGGAAAAAAUGACAAUUUUUUUUUAAAAGUGGAUAAAAAUGAAAUUUGUUUUGAAGUUUUGUGUCUGCCUUGUGCACAAAGGUUUUAUCUUUAUAUUAAAACAAACUUCUGUUUGA